CGCGGACUAGUCUGCCUCCUAGUCUCCUCGCUUUCACGCCUGCGCUCAGAGUUACAAGAUGGCGGAGAGUGCGGAACUGAAGCAAAUGGUGAUGAGCCUUCGUGUUUCAGAGCUACAAGUGUUACUAGGCUACGCAGGACGCAACAAACACGGCCGCAAACACGAACUGUUGACCAAAGCCCUGCACCUCCUUAAGGCCGGCUGCAGCCCCGCUGUCCAGAUGAAGGUGAAGGAGCUGUACAGACGCCGCUUCCCCACCAAGAUGGUGUCUCCGGUGGACCUGGCCCUGCCCAGUGUCCACUCCACCCUGUCUGGAGGCCUCACCUCGCUGGGGUUUGACAACCACGGGUCCCCCUCGCCCCUCUCCCUGCUUGGGCCCAAACACGAGCUGGGCCUGCCCCACCUGCCCUCCUCCCUUCACCCCGUACACCCUGACGUCAAGCUGCAGAGACUGCCUUUUUAUGACAUGCUGGAUGAGCUCAUCAAACCCACCAGCCUGGCCUCAGACAACAGUCAGCGGUUUCAGGAGACGUGUUAUGCCUUUGCGUUGACACCUCAGCAGGUCCAGCAGAUCAGCAGUUCCAUGGACAUCUCUGGGACCAAGUGUGACUUUGCGGUCCAGGUUCAGUUAAGGUUUUGUUUAUCAGAGACGAGUUGUACCCAGGAGGAUCAUUUCCCGUCCAACCUGUGUGUGAAAGUCAACAGCAAGCCCUGCAACCUCCCGGGCUACCUUCCUCCAACCAAAAACGGAGUGGAACCCAAACGGCCGAGUCGCCCCAUCAACAUCACGUCACUGGUCAGACUGUCUACCACAGUACCCAACACUAUCGUGGUGUCGUGGACCUCAGAGAUAGGCAGGAGUUUCUCCAUGGCAGUCUACCUGGUCAGACAGCAGACAUCCACAACCCUGCUACAGAGACUACGAGCCAAAGGCAUCCGCAACCCAGACCACUCCAGAGCUCUCAUCAAAGAGAAGUUAACAGCUGACCCUGACAGUGAGAUUGCGACCACCAGUCUACGAGUCUCUCUACUCUGUCCGCUGGGGAAGAUGCGUCUGAUGAUCCCGUGCAGAGCGCUGACGUGUUCCCACCUCCAGUGUUUCGACGCUACGCUUUACAUCCAGAUGAAUGAGAAGAAGCCCACGUGGGUGUGUCCUGUGUGUGAUCAGAAGGCCCCCUACCAACACCUCAUCAUCGACGGGUUGUUCAUGGAGAUCCUGAACAGCUGUGAGGACUGUGAUGAGAUCCAGUUUAAAGAGGACGGGAACUGGUAUCCCAUGAGGUCGAAGAAGGAGGUCACAGAGGUGUCUGCUUCAUUCAACGGGGAGGACGACUCGUGUCGGACAGUAGAAUCAGAGCACCACAGGAACAGCUCAUCCCACAGCAGUACCAAUAAGGUGGUGGUGAUUGAUCUGACUCUAGACAGCUCUUCAGACGACGAUCUGGAUGAUGAGCCUCCUCUCAAGAGGGCCUGUCCCUCCUCCUCGCUGUCCCCUGCCUCACCGCCUGUCAGCAAGGGAGUGUUGAACCUCCACAGCCAGGCGUCUCCGGUGGCCAGAGCUCCCAGCAUGCCUCCUGUUGAGACCAGCUAUAUCCCCCCUCCACCCCCCCUCAUACAGGACUGCCACUACUACCCACCCCCAAUGACCUGGACCUCAACCUUCCAUUCAGCCAGGCAAUUGAACCAUCAGCAUUACAACAUGGUGAUGGCAGCGGCGGCCUCUGCCUCAGAAGACCAUGACCUUCUCCUCAACCGCUUCCUGCCGUAUAGCUCCUCCCAGAUGUUCCUGGACCAACCAGGGACCCCCGGGGGCGGGAGCAGCGCCCUGCCAGCAGCCAAUGGGGGCAGCAACAGCGGGAGUAGCUCCAGUCUUGUUUCAUCUAAUAGUUUAAGGGAUAGGGAUGUAGAGAGGGAUGGAGAGAGGGACAGCCAGUCGAGCAGGUCUGAUGCAGUGGCAGCAGUCAUAUAUGGCUCCAUACCAGACGUGAUCUCGUUAGACUGACGGGAGGCGGGGCAUCGUCCACACAGAACGGGAAAACAACUUGAGGGAGGAAAUAGAAACGGACAAAUAAAUCAUAAAUAAAAAGUAGGAGAAAACAAUGCUAUGUACAGAGAGGAAAAUUAUAUUUUCAAUUUGACUUAUUAUAUAUAAGCUCCCGACGACGAUGACGAUGAUGAGUAACUUCAGUUGAUAUUUUUCUGUGGAUACUGAAGAUUUUUUCACGGCCUCUUCCUUCACGUGCCCCCCUGACCCCCUGACCUUUUGUACUUCGUUCUUACUGUUUGAUUUCAAUAUUCCACGUCGACGGCAUUAUUUUGUCUCAAAACAUGUUUGGACUUGUGCUUCGGAGCGAGAAGAGGAAUCUGUCCGUUUGUUUGCUUCCUCAUCACUGUAGUUAUUUUUGUCCUUUUUUUAUUUUAUUUUUUAAACGUUCAUUCUUACUGUGGUCAAUAAUAUUGUAUUUAAUUAUUUUCAAGGUAUUAUUUAUUAAUAUGCUUUCAAGUUCUGUUGGAUCCAUGUGUGCUGUGUAAAAAGCAUUCCCUUAUGCUCCAUGUUGUUGAUGUCACUAGGAUCACACAGGCUAGCCUGGCUGCUGUCUGUCUGUUGUCGUGGAAUGGUAGCACUGACAGACUGGUACCCAGGCUGGUUAUAGAUCCACUACUGUGGUUUCUCUGGUUUGUGUGCGCUCCCUCUCUCAUCUCUUUCAUUUAGCUGAGGAAACUUUACUGCAGCGUCCAUCCUUAGUUGUUUUCACAUUAAAGAAAUAUUAUUAAAGUAGUAUUGAAACAUAGUUAGUUACACACAGCAAAUUUUCAUUAUGGGGGGGGGGGACAAAAUGAUUUCAACCCAGUGUAUCACUAUGGUACCUUGUUAAAUGUGAGCACUUCUGUUUUCAUGCAGGGUGUAUCUUUGACUCACUUUUUCACCAAGUCAUUCAAGGAAAACAAAAACCCCAAGUAUAUUGAAGUUGCAUUUGGAACAGAGAACAAACUGCAAUGGCUUUUCAUGCCUGCUAUCUCUGUCAGUCUGUCCUCUCUCUCCUGUCACUCACCAGAGUCCAGUAGCUCUAUAAUGUGUGGUCUGAUUUAGAGUGGUCAGUGUGCUAGAGUUCCUGUUGAAUGCCUGACAGAGACGGUCUAUGACAGCAGCAUCACUCACCGCAUCCACACUAGAGGGCCGACCCGAACGGUACUGUGAUGGCUUGGGGAUUUUCUUUGGCUCUUUCCAGGAACCAGGCCAGCCCAGUACAGCUUGGCUCAGUUAGGCCCUAUAGUGUGGAAUGGGCCAUAGUGGUUUUGAUACCAUUAUUCUGUCAUUCGUUCUAUUAGCCUUCUGUUCCCUUCCUGGGUACACAGUUAGUAUUAUUUAUUAUUUCCUCUCUUAGUUUUGGUUGAUUCAUGAAUAUGCAUUACUAUUGUCCUAUGAUAUUUCUUUAGUAAUUAUAUUUAUUCAUGAAUGUGCAUUGCUAUUGUCCUAUGAUAUUUCUUUAGUAAUUAUAUUUAUUCAUGAAUAUGCAUUACUAUUGUCCUAUGAUAUUUCUUUAGUAAUUAUAUUUAUUCAUGAAUGUGCAUUGCUAUUGUCCUAUGAUAUUUCUUUAGUAAUUCUAUGAUUCAUGAAUAUGCAUUACUAUUGUCCUAUUAUAUUUCUUUAGUAAUUAUAUGAUUCGUGCUAUUUAAGAGGUCAUUGUCGCAUCGUUGUAACAAACCAAUUCUGUUUUAGUUUUUUUCCCUUCUGUCUGUUGUGCUAUUGAAUGAUGUCAAUAUCACAACAGAGGCUUGGAGCAUUUUGAUGGUCUCUGGGCUCUACUGUGUUGUUUGAUAAUUGUAUGAAUUAAACCGAUAGAUACAGCAAGACGACAGACAAGUAAUGGUAAUGCUCUGGCCUCUGCAAGAAGUAGAGCUAGUCAAUAAAUCACUGUGUACGAGGGGCUGAAUCAAGGUGCUUUUGCAGAGGUAAUUUAUGUUCCUGUUCUUGAAUGCUCUUUGGACGUGAAGCAUGUUUUUUGUGCAACUGUCUUUUCUUGAAUGCAGCCUGUUCAUAUGAUGGUGUCGCGAUGACUAUACGUUUUGCUGACCUUUACUGUUUUGAAUGAAAUACGAGCUUGGCGAUGCCUGGAUUCGAUUUUUCAGAUAUUUUAAUAGUUUAAGUGAAUGGCAUCAAAACAGGACCCUAAACCUAAAUGUCAAGAAACCCCUAAAUGUGAUAUUUAGAGAGUUAAAUCGCUCUGGGUCUGUUAAGGCAGUGCACGGUAGGUGGGCGCUGCUGGCUUAUUGUAAACAACUACAAAUAUAUAACUAACCAUCCUUGUUCUGUGACAACCAUCCAUAGCUGAGAUUAGCAUAAAAUACACAGCUAUCUAGCACGGCUAAACGCAAUAAAUGUCUUGUUAACUAACUAGUUAAAUCAAAUCUUUGGCUGAAAGACCCCAGAUUGCCCCCAAAAGAUGGCUAGUAACAUAGGCGAGACCGCUAUUUUCUAUCUCGCCAGCUAGUGGCCAGGUCCCCGGUGUCCGAUACGGAGCGUGAAGCGUCCUGCAUAGCAACCUAGCCCGGUUGCAUAAAAGCCCAAUGUUUAAUGUACCCCUUAUAUUUUCACUGAAAGUUUCCUUCACUUUAAGUUAGUUGCACAAAGCUUUUUAAGGUGAAUUUACCCCUUAAAUUAAGUGGGAAAAAAAGUUUCAGGUUGGCCAUGAGGUCUCUUAACUGCUUCAUUCAAUAUGGAUAGCAAUGCAAACAGCAUUUUGUGGAGGUGAAUGUUGCUUUCCUCUGGUCUGGUUCAGAAGGGAAACAUCCACCAGCCAGCUAGAUAGGUACUUAACUAAACAAUGGAAGGAUCUAGAAUGGGACAUUCUUACGGUGUGGUGCCUUUUGGACCUCAUCGCUUUUGGGGGGGAAAUUAUAUUUUAUUUUAGUAUUCUUUCAAAAAAAAAAAAAAGAAUAUUGGUUAAACUCAGGCACUUUUUUAAGGUGCAUUUUCUAACCGGUUAGGUGCAUAAUCCUAACAGGGUGGAACAUAACAAGGUGGACAUUUGGAGCCCAAAUCAGCCAUAGCUCUGUGAGUGAGCAAGAUUGAGCUAGCAUAAUGGUGAACACUUGGAACAGGAUUCUCUAUCAAACAUAUUUUAACGUUUUGAAAUGUGGUUCAUUUUCUCCUUUAAUUUAGCCUAGCAGGGUGGACAUCAUCGACAAAAUAGAUACAACUAAGGGUUUAUAUUUAUGUACCUUUUUAAACCAUUGUUUUCCCACCGAAUAAAUGAUGAUACUUCCUGAA